AUGGACCGCGGCCAGUCCAGCCCGGAGCCCGCGGCCCCGGUCGCCCCCAGCCCGAGCGUGAUCGCUCCGGUGCGCGCCGUCGUCCGCCUGCGCCACCAAGUGCGCCUCCUGCGCAAGCGGCGGCCACCCCCGUCGGCCGUGGAGCCGGACCCCGGGGCUGCGGCGCCGCGCGUCCUCCGGGAGCAGCCGCAGUUCUUCACCUUCGACGGGCCGGCCGAGCUGGCCUCGAGACCCGCGCGGAAGCGGCGCCGGCGCAGCCGCCUGGUGCUCUACCCCGAGACCUCGCGCAAGUUCGGGCCGCGCGCCGAGCGCCAGAGCCGCGCCCAGCGCUGCCUGCUGUUGCUCGUGGCCAUCGUGGGCUUCCAGGUGCUCAACGCCAUCGAGAACCUGGACGACAACGCGCUGCGCUAUGACCUCGACGGGCUGGAGAAGACGCUGCAGCGCGCCGUGUUCGGGCAGCCGGCGGCCGUGGGCCGCCUCGUGGCUCUGCUGCGGGACUACCUGGCCACGCACGUGCACAGCCGCCCGCUGCUCCUGGCGCUGCACGGGCCCAGCGGCGUGGGCAAGAGCCACGUGGGCCGCCUGCUGGCGCGCCACUUCCGCGCGGUGCUGGAGGACGGCGCGCUCGUGUUACAGUACCAUGAGGGGCUGCGCGCCAGCCUGCGCGCGCUGCUGACCCGCCAGCAUCCGCUGUGGGAGGCCGCAGCCAUCGUGCCCUUCCUGCUGCUGGACAAGCGGGACGUGGUCAGCUGCUUCCGGGAUGAGAUGGCCGGGGAGGGCUUCUUCCCGGAGCAGGCCCGGGCCGAGCUGCUGGCUGAGCAGCUCAGCUACUACCGCGUGGCCGGCCGUGAGUUCGCCGUCACUGGUUGCAAGCAGGUGGUAGCCACGGUCAACCUCUUGUAGCGCAGGUGCGCCUGGACGCGGCGGCACGCCGCGGCACCACGGGAUAUCGCUGUGGCUGUAGCCGUUGGAGGGGGGGAACUGCGGGUUUGCUGCGGCCUGUGAGGCCCGAAUAAAUCUGUCCGCGGCCUGCCGCCGGCUCACGCUGGGACCUGGAGUGGGAGGGCCAGGCUGGGUCAGUUCUGACCUCUUCUGCCAGUGCCAAGUCCCGCAGCCCCCGUCUGCCACCUCCUGGUCCGUGACUCAGCCGGCAUCUCCAAUGCCAGUGUGUCCCCCAGGGCCCACACCCUAGGAGUGGGCCGUCUGUCCCUGUGGUCUAGCAGUCGGAUGGUCACAGAGGGCGAGCAGC